AUGGCGAAGCGCAAGGAGGAUCCGUUACAAGCGGAGGACGCGCACGACAAACUGGAGCUGAUGCCGCUGGGCGCGGGCAACGAAGUGGGGCGAUCAUGCGUGUUCAUGUCGUACAAGGGCAAGAACGUGCUGGUAAUCACUCCUUGGGCGGCUCAUUCUUUGUCGUAUAUGGGCAAGAACGCGCUGGUAAUGGGCCUUAGCUUCCAUCUAGACCAUGCAGCAUCGCUGCCAUACUUUCUCUCCAAGACCAACUUCCAGGGGCGGGUGUUCAUGACCCAUGCCACCAAGGCAGUGUACCGCUUGUUGCUCUCGGAUUUCGUGCGAGUCAGCAAGGUGGCUGUGGAUGAUGCUUUGUUCACGGAGCAAGACAUCCAACAGAGCAUGGAGAAGAUUGAGGUGAUUGACUUCCAUCAGAUUCACGAGGUCAAUGGCAUCAAGUUCUGGUGCUACACGGCGGGGCACGUGUUGGGAGCAGCCAUGUUUGCGGUGGAUAUAGCGGGAAUCAGAGUGCUCUAUACGGGGGAUUACUCGCGCGAGGAGGACCGCCACCUGAGAGCAGCAGAAGUGCCACCUUUUUCUCCGGACCUUUGCGUGAUUGAGUCCACGUUCGGUGUACAGAUCCACGAGCCCAGAGAAGUGAGGGAGCGCCGGUUCCUUGACUUUGUGGUCGGUACCGUCCUCAAUGGAGGGAGGGUGCUGAUUCCGGCCUUUGCCCUGGGGCGAGCACAGGAGCUGCUGCUGAUUCUGGACGAGCACUGGAGGGGCCACCCCGAGGUGCAGCACGUGCCGCUGCUCUAUGCCUCUCCGCUCGCAAGAAAAACCAUGGUUGUGUACCGCACUUACCUAAGCGCCAUGAACGACCGCAUUCGCGAGCAGGCGGAGGUGUCGAAUCCCUUUGACUUCCGGUUCAUCAAGUCGCUGAGGAGCAUCGCUGAGUUUGAGGACACAGGCCCGGCCGUGGUGAUGGCCAGUCCUGGCGGGCUGCAGAGCGGCUUAUCCCGGCAACUGUUUGACAUGUGGUGCCAAGAUGCGAGUCCUGGAGGGCUGCAGAACGGCUUAUCCCGGCAACUGUUUGACAUGUGGUGCCAAGAUGCGAGUCCUGGAGGGCUGCAGAGCGGCUUAUCCCGGCAACUGUUUGACAUGUGGUGCCAAGAUGCGAGUCCUGGAGGGCUGCAGAGCGGCUUAUCCCGGCAACUGUUUGACAUGUGGUGCCAAGAUGCGAGUCCUGGAGGGCUGCAGAGCGGCUUAUCCCGGCAACUGUUUGACAUGUGGUGCCAAGAUGCGAGUCCUGGAGGGCUGCAGAACGGCUUAUCCCGGCAACUGUUUGACAUGUGGUGCCAAGAUGCGAGUCCUGGAGGGCUGCAGAGCGGCUUAUCCCGGCAACUGUUUGACAUGUGGUGCCAAAGAUAUGUUGUGGAGGGCACGCUGGCCAAGACCAUUCUGAGCGAGCCCAACGAGGCGACUCUCCAAUCCGGCGCCACAGUCCCUCUUCUCCUUUCUUCUCUUCCCCCCCUUCCGCUACCCGUCCCUUCCAGGAACACGUGCUUGAUCCCAGGGUAUGUGGUGGAAGGCACGCUAGCCAAGACCAUUCUCAGCGAGCCCAACGAGGUGACUCUUCAAUCCGGCGCCACCGUUCCGCUCCGCAUGAAAGUCCACUACGUGUCCUUCGCAGCCCAUGCCGACUACCCGCAGACCUCGCACUUCCUGGAGCAGAUCCGCCCUCCCCACAUCGUGCUGGUUCACGGGGAGGCACACGAGAUGGCGCGGCUUAAAGCCAAGCUUGCGCUGCAUUUCAAGGAUUUGCCGGCGCCGCCGAGCAUACACACGCCGAAGAAUUGCCAGGGCGUGGAGUUUUUUUUCAAAGGAGAGAAGAUUGCGAAGGUGGUGGGGAGGAUCGCGGAAAAGGGGGGUGUUAUGGCGCCUGGUGGGGAGGAGGAUGGGGAGGGGGAGGGUGGUGAUGCCGCUGCUGCCGGUACUGGUGCUGGUGAUGGUGGUGGUGCUGCUCAAGCAAUAGCAUCAAGCAAAGCAGGUGCAACCCAAGCGACUACGGGAGCAGAAGCAGCAGGGGGAGAUGCAGCGGGAAGAGGUGCUAUGGGGGGGUGUGCAACAGAGGCAGCAGAACCAACAGGGGGAGCAGCGGCAGGGCGAACCAUAAGUGGGCUGCUAGUGCGCAAGGGCUUUAACUACCAGCUACUAGACCCUCAGGACCUCCCCUCCUACACCUCCCUUGGUCUCGGCACCGUGGUUCAGAGGCAGUCCGUACCCUAUAUAGGCCCGUUCGAACCCAUUAUAAGGCGCCUGGAGAUGCUGUUCGACUCGGUCGUGCUUAUAAAGGAUGCGGGCGUGCCUGCAGUGCAGGUGCAUGAGAAGGUGAUUGUAGCGAGGGAGGGGGAAGACAGGGUGGUGCUGCAGUGGGCUUCCGAGCCUGUGGGAGAUAUGCUGGCAGAUUCGAUUGUGGCUCUGAUUCUGCAGCUGGAAUCCGGGCGGCAGACUGGCAAGGACCUGACGCUGCUGACGUCAGCAGGUGGAGGGAGAGGAGGAAGAGGAGUAAAGGUGGAAGGUGGGGGAAGGGAGGGAGGAGAGAAGAUGGUGAAGGGAGAAGGAGUAGAUGAGAAGACAGGAGCUUUGGUUGGCAUUGGGAGUGAGGUGGGGAAAGAGAAGGGCGAGGAGGGCAGAGGGGGCAAGCAGGAAAUUCAAGAGGUGGGGAAGGAGGAAGAUAGAUUGAAGGUUCUGGCAAAGGGAGAGGAGGGACAAGGAGAGGGAGAGGGGGAGGGAGAAGGGGAGGGGGAGGGAGAGGGGGAGGAAGGAGGGAAGUGGAGGUGGCUUAGAGCGGACGAGAUGAAGCACUUGGAGCGAGUACUAGAGAGUAUGUUUGGGGGAGUGAGGAGGGAAGGCGAGGAGGGAUUGAGAGUGAGUGUGGAUGGGGUGGAAGUGAGUGUGAGAGUGGGAGAGGGGGGAGGGGAGGUGGAGUGUGUGGAGGAGGGGUUGAAGAAGAGAGUGAGGGAGGCUGUGAACCGGUUUCUAGCUGCUGUUCGCCCUAUCCCUCCACCCGUUGGUUCUGCCGUUGGCUUGAAGAAAGCUUAG